AUGUCGAACAUGUCACUGAGCAUGCAGGGUUCCGGAAGAGAGUGCUGGGAAAACUCUCAGCAUAUGGACUUACGCGAUCAUUGUUCUCGCGAACAUCCCGCUCAGAAUUCUCUCGAACGAGACGCUGAACGCAUCUCGGACAGGCGCACGCGCUCGCAUGAGGGCAUGAACAAUCCAGAAGUCCAAUCCGUACUCAGUGAAUCCGAGUUCGGUCGUGUGGACCCCACAGGCUGGUUCCCGCACUAUAAGAAUUGUGUCCAGCACUUUGUCGAUUUCAGCCAGCACACUCCUUCUGUGCAGUCCAUUGCCGCAUUCAUUAAUAUCCGACUACCAUGCCAGCGACCUUUGGAGUCCAGCGCACAGGGGCCGCAGUCUUUCAUUUCGCUGCGACCUUACAUCCGACGGCUCAUCGUCACGGCACAGGACUCCCCGGCUGUGAUGCAGGGCUUCUUUGGCGGCGAUUGGGAGGCCGGUGUGGGCUGUAUCUACAAGCAGGAACGGGCCAACUAUCUGUUCACAGCUAAGAGUAGUGGGUGGGCGUCCACAAAGGCUGCCUAUGAUAUCUCACCGGAUGAGCAGACUCCAUUCUUGAGGCCUCUACGUGAUCCUACUGAAGAUGAGAUUCGAGUGGCUGAGGCGCGAUGGAGUGAAUGGUUGGCGAUGGAGGAUUGGAUGGUUGGUGCGCGCAGUCCCUGGUAG